AUGAGUCACGACCCGAUUCACCGCGUGUGCGAUGUCGUUUGCAUCAUGGCCUUUAUUGGUGGUAUAGCUCUUUUGGUUUGGGGCUUGCAUAUACAAACUCCACCGCCGGAUAUAAAAUUAGCUUCUAUGAAUUUCACGGUGCUUAAUAUAACAGAAAACCGUCUUAGUGCAAAUUGGGAUUUAUCCAUAAGUCUCCCUGAUUAUCUUCCUGGUUAUUAUAUAUGUCUUCAAGGAGAUGUUCAAGCUUCCUUGCUUUACAAGAAUGUUACUCUUGCUACCUCAUCCCCACAAAAAUACUACAAUCUCUUUCGCGAUACACGAUAUUACAACAUAAUCAAAUACCACGAUUCGCAACUUAUUAAGGUUUCAGCACUUGUUUCCGGUGAAAAUAUCAGCGGUUCGAUUGGAAAAGACAUUAUAGAAGAUAUAAAAAUAAAGAAGGAAGUGCACUUCACAUCGCUGUUUUCUCUUACCGAUUGUAGAAAAAAAGCGACAGGAGUUAUAAACUAUGCGUGCCAUGAAGCCACUUUGAGGUUUGAACCUGGAUCGGAGAUGAAGGCGAAUGUGUUUGGGAAACAUCCAAAGAAGCUGGCAGGUGUAGAAUUAAACUGA